AUGGUUGAAGUUUCAUUAACAGUUGGUAAAUUAGAUGCAUCACUUGCUUUAUUAUUAACUAAAGAUCAUCACCUCAUUGAAUUUCCAACAAUUUUAUUACCGAAUGGAGUUAAAGCAGGUUCAAUCAUUAAAAUUAAAUGUGAUCAAGAUAAUGAAUCUGAAAAAGCAGAACAAGCUAAAUUUCAACAAAUUCAACAAGAGAUAUUGGAUACAUUUACAUUAAAUCAACCAGAAUCUCCAAAUUUAAAAAUUAAAAACAUAACUCAAACAUCAUGUGUUUUAGAAUGGGAUGAAUUAAAACUAGGAACCUCCAACCUCAAAAAUUUAAUUUUAUUUAAAGAUGGAAAGAAAUUAGGAUCAAUUCCACAGCCCUUAAACAACAGGACUACGAAAUUAUCGGGUUUGCCCGUUGAUAAAUCUUUCAAGUUUCAAUUAAGAUUAGAUACUACCGCGGGAACAUUCAUGAGUAAUGAAAUAGAAGUAACUACUCAUAAAAUGACUGAUUUAUCUGGUAUUACUAUCUGUCUUGGUGAUUUCUCACCAAAUGAUCAAUUUGAAAUCAAAGACAUUGAGGAAGCUUUGAAAAAUAUGGGUGCUAAAUAUCCACCACAGAAACAAGUCAAAGUUGAUACUACUCAUUACCUAUGCACUCGUGAAAAUAAGAAUAAUCCAGAAUAUUUAAAAGCUAAUGAGAUGAAUAUUCCUAUUAUUAGACCUGAAUGGUUAAAAGCAUGUGAGAGAGAAAGAAGAAUUGUUGGAGUUAGAGAUUUUUAUAUUAAAGAUGCUGUAUUACCUGAUAUUUUUGCAAAAAAUUAUUGGAAUAAGAAUAAUAAAACAAAGAAAGAAGAGAAUUUGACUAAACCUGUAAUUAAUAUUACUCCAAGUACUCCUAAUGAUGAUGGGAAAGAUAAAUUUGAAAAGGCACAGGAUCCAACUGCUGAAUCAACACCACCUCCAAUUGAAAAAGAUGGAGAAGUUAAUAAUGAGAAAGAACCAGUUGCAACUAAUGAAUCAGAAAAUAAACCAGAAGAAACAGUUGCAACAAAUAUAGCUUCAGAGGAGAAUCCAGAUGAAAUUGAAGAGACUAAAAGAGAAGAACCUAAACAAGAGGAAGAAUCAGAACAUGAAAAAGAAGCAUAUAAUGAACUAAAUGAACAAAUAAAAGAAGACUUAAAGAAUGAUGGCUUACAAGGUGAUUUAAAUAACGAGACAGUAAUUAAAGAACCAGAACCUAUUACAAAUCCAGCUGAAGAAGUGCUGAAUAUUCCUGAAGAAGUACUGAAUAUUCCUGAAGAAGCAGAUAUAACCAAAGAUACAGUUGUUGAAGAAUCAGAGCCUCAGAUUGAAGAAAAGCCAGAAGACGAAGAAGUUGAUCAGAUAGCUUCACAAAUUACCACUCCACAAGUUGACUCAAAACCAAUUGAGAAUGAAAUAAAACAAGAAAAUAAUGUUGAAGAAGAUAUCUCUCAACCAAUAAAUUCUGAAACCGAUACUACAGAAGCCAAAGAAGCAAAUGAUGAUGCAUUUGAUUCAAUAACUUUAGAUUCUAAAAAAGAAGAAGCAAAUGAGAAAGACAAUGACGGUGAAGAAGAUGAAGAUGUUCUGGAAGCAACUCCGGAAGCAGAAUCUAAUACAACAUCAUCUACUACUCCCAAAAGGAAAUCAAAGAAAAAGAAGAACAAUAAAAAGAAAUAA